UCAUUUCAGAAAAAAAGGGGUGGGGCUGCCAGGCAUUUGGCAAGAGCCUCUUUUCCUCCUGUUGGGGUGGAGUCAGCCAAUGGCUGGGGAGCCUGGAAAAUUUUGCAGGACAGUUUCCCCGGACAGCUUGGCAAGGGCUGUGCCAUUCCAUUCGAAGCACACAUCCACGCGCUGCGCUCUCAGCUCCUGGCUUGCCUCCCAGCUCUGAGAGAUCUCGGAUUCUGUUUCUCCUUCCCUCUUUUUCCUGACCCUGCGGUGACAAACUUCUCCAGGCUCUGCUAGUCAGGACUCCUGAGCAACUAUGGCAGACACCACCCUCGAGAUUGUGGAGCAACCGGCGGCCUCCGAGGCCUCCGAGGAGCCGGCCAGCGAGGAGCCCAUCAAAUCCGACCAGAUCAAUGGAGUGAUGGUGCUCACCCUCCUGGACAAGAUCAUUGGGGCCGUUGAUCAGAUCCAGCUGACCCAGAGUCAGCUAGAGGAGAGGCAGCAGGAGAUGGACGGGGUGGUGGCCAGCAUCCAAGGGGAACUGGCCAAGCUCACCAAGGCCCACACCACCACCAGCAACACCGUCAACAAGAUGUUGGAGAAGGUCCGCAAGGUCAGCGUCAACGUGAAAACUGUGCGGCAGAACCUGGAGAAGCAAGGCGGGCAGAUCAAGAAGCUAGAAUCCAACGAGGCAGAGCUGCUGAAGCGCAGGAACUUCAAAGUCAUGAUCUACCAGGAUGAGGUGAAGCUGCCAACUAAGCUAAGCAUCAGUAAGUCUUUGAAAGAAACAGAGAAGGAAGGGGAAGGAGAAGAGAUCCCGGCAGGUGAGGAGCAUGCUGAUGAAGAACAUAUUGAGCUCUCCUCAGAUGAAGAAGUAGAGGUGGAGGAGAUUAUUGAGGAGUCAAGGGCAGAACGCAUCAAAAAGAGUGGCAUGAGGAAGGUGGAUGACUUCAAGAAGGCCUUCUCCAAGGAGAAGAUGGAGAAGACCAAGCUGAAGACCAAAGAAAACCUGGAGAAGACCAAGCUGAAGACCAAAGAGAACCUGGAGAAAACCAAGCAAAACUUGGAGAAAACCCGACACAACCUGGAGAAGAGGAUGAACAAGCUGGGCACCAAGAUCGUCACCAAUGAGCGCAGGGAGAAGAUGAAGACUUCCCGGGAGAAGCUGAAGAAGUCCUUCACCCCUGACCACACGGUCUACGCUCGCUCCAAGACAGCAGUCUACAAAGUGCCACCUUUCACCUUCCACGUCAAGAAGAUACGGGAAGGAGAAGUGGAAGUGAAGGCCACUGAAAUGGUGGAGGUUGGUGGGGAUGAGACCGAGAACACGGAUCUGAUGAGGAGCGAGAGCCCUGAAAUGAGCACGCUCCUGCAGAUCACGGAAGAGGCAGACACGGUGCUGGCAGACAAGAGCGACAGUGAGUGAGGUGCACGGCAGAAGAACGUCAACAGCUGAACAUGUAACCUUCCACAUCUCCUCUUUUUUGGCCCCGCAUGGGCACACACACACACACGAUAUUGCAAUCUUACAGCCCCCCUAUCCAAAAAUUUAGCACCAAAGUGCAUUUUUGUAUGUUUCUGUUUCAGUAUAGAACAUGGGACUUCCUAGCAACACAUGAAACACCAUUCCUUGCUGCUGAAAGCUUGCUCUGCCAGCCUGCUGCCAUCUUCACCCCCUGCCCACCUUCUUGCCUCUUUCCCAAAGGUGCUAUAACCUAUUUGUAUGCCCAAGAAGCACACCUGUCUCAGCAGUGAUGCUCAGUGUCAAGAGUGCUUCCUGGGGACCAGAAAACAGACCAGGCAGACAAGAAAAGGACAAACAGGAAGUGUGGAACCAAAGAAUGAGUGGGCUGUUGAAGCUGUUUGGCACAAUAUGUCAUUGAUGUGGUGGGGGGUGGAGGAGAAACUGGUUGGAAAGGAACUGGGAAAAUUGUUGGCUGGGGGAAAGGAUGUGACGUCACUAGAGGAGGGGUCACCAACGUUUAUGACCUUGCAGGCACUUUUGAAAUUUUGAAGGGGGGUAGCAAGCACCACCUCAAAAUGGCUGUCCCAGGAGGUGGAGCCAAACACUUUGCAAAUCAAGAGGAAUAGAAAGAAAUUAAGGAAAAGAAAACAUGGGAUUAAAAAAAAGGAAAGCAUGAAGGGG